GCAAGCACCUUUAAAGGCUCAUCUUGCUUGCAUUCACCCUCUUCCUAAUUUGUCAUUCACUUUCCCGAGUUAUUUUGCAAUCCCGUCACAUUUUUCUUUCUCCUCCUUUCAGAUCUUUACAACAGUUUGCUCAUAAAUCUCAAUGGCUCUUGUGACUUGCGAAGGAGCCUCAUCUUCUUCUUUCACCCACCAACCCAAGAAGUUUGAUGUCUUUUUGAGUUUCAGAGGUGAAGAUACCCGUCUUGGUUUUAUAGGCCAUUUGUAUAAUGCUUUGUGUCAACGGGGUAUUAACACCUUUAUUGAUGAUAACCUUCAAAGGGGGGAAGAAAUUUCUGUAGGACUUCUCAAAGUCAUUGAAAGUUCAAGGAUUUCAAUAAUUGUAUUCUCUGAAAACUAUGCAUCCUCCAAAUGGUGCUUGGAUGAACUUGCCAAGAUUGUUGAGUGUAAGAAAAAAGACCAAUUAGUGUUACCGGUUUUUUACAACAUAGAUCCAUCAGAAGUUCGUAACCAAAAAGGAAAGUUUGGAGAAGCACUAUCUAAACAUGAAGAAAAAUUAAAGGAUUACAAGGUGCAGAGCUGGAGGGAAGCUUUAUUUGAAGCUGCAAAUAUAUCUGGUUGGCAUUACAAGCAUAGUUGUAGCGAGUUUGAAUUUAUUCAAGGAAUUGUUGAAAAGAUCUCAAAUUUUAAAUUAAAUCACACGCCGUUAUUUGUCGCACGAUACCCAGUUGGAAUAAAUUAUCGUAUAAAGACCAUACUUUCAGAUAUUGAGUCAAAUGAUGGACAUAUAAUAGGUAUCUGUGGCCCUGGUGGAAUAGGUAAGACAACAAUUGCAAAAGCCAUUUUUAAUAGAAUUUGUGAUCAUUUUGAUGGAUCUUGUUAUCUAGAAGAUUUAAGAGAAAGAUCGGGGACAAAUUCUGGUAUAAUCGAACUACAAGAGACACUUCUUCUUGAGAUCUUAAAGGAUAGAAAUUUAAAGGUGGGUAACAAAUCUAGAGGAGUCAAUAUGAUAAAGGAAAGACUUUCAUUUAAGAGGAUCCUUUUAGUUCUUGAUGAUGUGGAUAAAUGGAUCCAAAUAGAAAAUUUGCUUGGAAGAUGUAAUUGGUUUGCUUCUGGAAGCAAAAUCAUUAUAACAACAAGAGACAAACACUUGGCAACUACUCUUGGAAAUUGUUGUUCAACCUACUCGGUUGAGGAAUUAGAUCAAGAUGAAGCUCUUGAACUUUUUAGUAUGCACGCCUUCCAAAGCAACAAACCCAAAGAUGAUUAUUUGGAACUUGUAGACAGAGUUAUACAAUAUGCCAAGGGAUUGCCAUUGGCUCUAGUAAUAAUUGGUGCUGAUUUGUAUGGAAGAACUAAACCUGAAUGGAGAAGUGCGGUAGAAAAGUAUGAAAGAAUUCCUAAUGAAGAAAUCAAAAAAAUCCUCGAAAUAAGUUAUGAAGGAUUGGAUAAAACUGAAAAAGAUAUUUUUCUUGAUAUUGCAUGCUUCUUUAAGGGAUUUCUUAAGGAGUAUGUCAUUGAUAUACUAGAUGCUUGCAAUUUAUAUCCAAUUUAUGGAAUUCGAAGACUUAUCAAUAAGUGCCUAAUAACCGUUGGUCAAUAUGAUAAAUUGUUGAUGCAUGACUUGCUACAACAAAUGGGUAGGGACAUUGUUCAACGGGAAUCACUAGACUUGCCUGGAGAGCGCAGUAGGCUAUGGUGUUAUGAGGAUGUUCAUAAAGUACUAACACAAAAUACGGGAUCGGAAAAAAUUCGAGGCAUAAUGAUAUGCUCACCUAAACCAUCAAAGAUGAAAUUAGAACCUAAAUGUUUUGAGAAGAUGAAAAAUCUCAAGUUCCUCAUGGUUAGUAAUGUAGAUAUUUGUAGAGGUCUCAAAUAUCUUCCUAAUGAAUUAAGGGUUCUUGAUUGGUCCGGAUUUCCUUUGUCUUCCUUACCAUCCAAUUUUGAUCCUCAAAAACUAAUUGCACUCAACAUGCCAGAAAGUCGGUUUACAUUGGACAAGCUUUUCAAGAGGAUACAAUGCAAAAACUUGACAUAUAUGAAUUUCAAUUCCAAUCAAUCCAUUAGGGAAUUACCCGACUUAUUGAGUGCCACCCCAAACGUAAAGAGAUUGGAUCUCCAAAAUUGUAAAAAAUUAGUCAAGAUUCAUGACUCUAUUGGAUGUCUUGAUAAGCUUGAAAGCUGGGACCUCUGUGAUUGCAAUGAACUUCAUACUCUUCCAAGUUGUAUCAUGAUGAAAUCUCUUAAACAUUUAAAUCUUUUUAAAUGUGUAAGGUUUAAGAGGUUCCCUCAUAUUCCACAAGAAAUGGAAAAUUUAAAGUUUCUAAGUCUAGGACACACGGCCAUUAGAGAGCUUCCUCCAUCAAUUGGAAAUCUCACUGGGCUUGAGCGAUUAGAGGUAGGUUCUGAUUUCUAUUCGUGUCAGCUUCCAAGUGACAUUUAUAAAUUGCAACAACUUCGCACACUCUACCUUCAUGGUAAUGUCAAAUUUUCAAAGGACGUGGGGAUCAGUAGACAAGCAACAGAGUGCAAUUCUUAUGGUGGCUUUUCAAAAUAUUGUUUUCCAAGGUUGAAUUUUCUAAAAAGGUUGACUUCUUGCUUCACCAACUCAGAGAAAUGUUUAUUAUCAAGGAGCAAAGAUUUGAACCUCAGUGAAAGCAUUAUCAGAUUCAAUAGAUUAAAUUGGCUUGUAAUUCUGGAUUCCAAGUUCCUUAAGAAAAUUCCAAAACUUCCAGAAAGUAUAAGAAAUGUAGAUGCAACAAACUGCAUCUUGUUGAAUUCAGAAUCAUUAAGAAAAUUAAUCCUUCAGUUUGGAAGAAUUUUAGGGCUUUCACCAAAUAUGAAAUGUUCAGGUGUGAAACACAAAGUAUUAAUGGAUUCACAUUCACAUCGCAAUUUAUCGAAUCAGAUUGAUUGCUCUUCCCGGGUCUCUCGCUCCAAGUUCAACGCAAUUUAUGAUGAGCCCUUUCCCACUCUAGAUGCGUAUCUGGUUGAUUUAGGAGAGAGAUAUGAUAUUUUAGUACCAAGAAAGAAGAUUCCGAAUUGGAUCAAUCAUCAAAGCAUUGAAAGUUCCAUAUCAUUCUGGGUUGGUCCUGAGUUUCCAUCAAUUGCUGUUUGUGUUGCUUUUCAUCUAAUUCCGUUGAAGGAUAGUUACACUAAUAAUGAUAAGUAUGUUUCUAUUCGUGAUGAUAUAAUCCAUUGUGUUUGUGAUAUCCACAUUUUUACCAAUAGUCGUAAGCAACGUCACAUGGUUAGGGCGCGUUUUUCUAAUUUCAAGUGUGAUCAUCUAUGGUUUUAUGGUGAACCUCACAGCCGAUUACAGAGGAGAUUCGGAGACUUGAUGCAAGGUGAUCGGAAUCAUGUUGAGAUUUCAUGUAAAAUCUCUCAUUGGAUAAGUACAAAUGGAAAAUACGCUCCUGUGAUUGCAAGGAUGGGCGUGCAUGUGGAAUGCAUAUGUCCUCCUCAGAAUUCCGUCAUCAUCCAACACAAUUCUCAAAAUGUUGAUGACGACAUAGAGCUGCUCGCACCUUUACUAUCUCAAAAUGGUUCACAGACGGACUCAGACGCAGGAGACCCUUCAAGCUCCUCUAGCCCCUGAUGACAUCUGAUUCAAGGCGUCUAGUGGAUAUAGCAAAUGGGCUUGACUUAUGUUUGGGUAUUGACUCAACAGAUGGUAAUGGGUUUGAUUUGGGUUCUUCUUCAAUAGCCAAUCCCUUUGUAAAAGGAUGACUCCAUUUUCAAUCUAUAUCCACCAUCAAAAAAAUCGAGUCUGAUGCGAAGAAAUAUGCCCAGGCUGUACAAUACCGAGUGGCCAAAUCGGAGUACUUUUUCAUAAAAUCAAUCAGCUGUAAGCCUGUAACACAAUGUCAACCUCCUCUAGUCUCUUACGAAACUGGGCACCUCUAUCUUUGCCAAUUGAUUCAAGGCUUCAAUUAGAUGUAACAAAUGGGUUUGACUUGGGUUUGGGAUCUGACUCAACUGUCGGAGAUGGUUUUGAUUUAGCUUCCUCUUCAAUUGUCUAUUCCUCUGUAAACUGUGAUUCAAACUUCAAUCCAUAUCCACAGUUGAAGAAAAAGACCCUCUUGAUCAAAUUCCUAGAAAACAUGACAAGGUAUCAUUACAGGGCAAGAUGGACUUCAGCUUAUGUCUCCACUCUGCACUGUGAAAUUCUCAGUUCUUGUGAACAGAUCCCCAACUGGCAUUUCAGCAUUACAGGUUAUUCACACUUCUCUAUGGACCUAUCAUCAUCUUGUGGGGAUGUACAACUAAGCUAAGCUAUCUUAGUUGUCUACUUCUUUGCUUUGAGGCUCCCAUAUUAAAAAUGAAAAUGGGUUCAAGUGACUUCGUUUUGGUGGGAGAGUACUGGGUGGUCUUCAAGGCUAUAAGAAAUUAUAUUUGACAAAAGGAUGCUGGAUUGCUCUUUUUAGAGUACUUUAGAGUUUGCCUAUUUUCCUUGUCUCUUCAGUGUGCUGAUCCAUGUGGCAAAUAUAUAUGGUUACAAGGCAAGAUGGACUUCUGCUUAUGUCAACACUCUCCACUGUGAAAUUCUCAGUUCUUGUGAACAGGCCCCCAACUGGCAUCUUCAGCAUGAUAGGGGUUUGACUAAAGGGGAUUGUAGGAGCAACAUGAGGCAUCUAAUUCAGAUUCCAGGUGGGAAAGGGAAUGGAGAUUCACACUACUCUAUGGACCUAUUAUCAUCUUGUGGGGAUGUACAACUGGGCUAAGCUAUCUUAGUUGUCUACUUAUUUGCUUUAAGACUCCCAAAUUACAAAAUGAAAAUGGGUUCAAUUGACUUCGUUUUGGUGGGAGAGUACUGGGAAGUGUUCAAGGCUAUAAGAAAUUAUAUUUGACAAAAGGAUGGUGGAUUGCUCUUUUUAGAGUAUUUUAGAGUUUGCCGACCCAUUUUCCUUAUCUCUUCAGUGUGCUGAUCCAUGUGGCAAAUAUGAAUAAAGUUGGUGAGGGAUUCGUGGUCGAGGCUUAGAUUGAAAUGGUCAGACUGUUCAAUGGGAAAUUUGGUCUCACCAUCACAAAGAUACUCUGAGGCAUAGAUACAAACAUUUGAGGAGGCAAUGUAAUGACACAAAGGUUCUUCUUGAACAGAGAGGGUUGUCUUGAGAUCAGGAGAAAUGGUACUCAAGUGCUUAUGAAACAACUCAGGCUUUGCAAUCUCAAGACCAGAGAGGCCUGUUAGAGUGUGCAAACCUCCUGAUAGUUGCCAGUUGAUGAUUACCACUAAACAGUUUUGUGGUCAAAUCACAAGAAGGGAAAAAAAAAAAAAAAAAAACUGCUAAGAUGUUUGGCAAUCAAAAAAAUUAUAUUGGAAGAAGCCUAAAGGAUUUUCUCACCUUGUCCUCUUGAUUGCAAGUCAUAUAUUGGAAGACUUGGAGUGAUUGUGGAAGACACUUCUGACUUGAUAAGCAGGGGGUAUAAGUGUUUUUCUGUUCCUAACAAGGUAUUUACUGAGUCGUUUUACCAGCCCCUUUCCUUGUAUUAAUACAAAAAUUAUUUGUAUGCUCAUUGUACUUUCUAGUUUAAUGUACUUUUUUAGGUGGGUUUGGGCUUAUGCUUAUAGACUUCAACCCAAGAAGAAAAAAGCCCACGAAUCUCCCUUAAAAGACAUUGUUUGACAGUAAUUUACUUUUAUAACACUCUACAAUUGUAAAUGGUCAAAAGAUCAAAAGAUUCGUAUCAAAUUACCCA